CCCCAUCUCUCCAACUCCACGUGUCGGACUCUGUCACCGACUCAUGAUUCCUUAUAAUUUAGCAAUACUAUAUAUGUCUUAUUAUGGGAUAACCCAACACACUUUUAUUGUUGUUUCCUGAAAGUGAGAAUUCAUCGGAACCAUGAAACCAUCUCCACUUUUUCUCCCAAAACCAAUCACUAUUAUUAGAACACAACCGCUCUUCUUCACUCAAACUCCUAAAUUCACUUCAAAUGUCAAACCGACUAUCUUUCAAUCUAGUCCACAUAGAAUCAGACUCCGUCCAGUCUCCAUGUCCACCCGCUCGGUCCACUCUGCAUCACCCGUAAUCGAGUCCGAUGUCCAACGACCCGAUUCAGACCCGGCGUUUGUGAACUCCACAGAAGAGCACAUUGAGAAGGCUAUUUAUGGAUGUCGUUUCAUGACGCUUCUGGGAGUCUUGGGGUCUUUAGUUGGAUCGUUUUUAUGUUUUGUGAAGGGCUGCACUCAUGUUGUAUCAUCUUUUAUGGAGUACUCUGUAAAUAGAGGAAAAGUGAUUCUGUUGCUGGUUGACGCCAUAGAUGUCUAUCUUUUGGGAACUGUGAUGCUGGUUUUUGGAAUGGGUCUUUAUGAACUCUUCGUCAGCAAUCUUGACAGUUCAAAAUCAUUGUCGGAGGAAAAAACUCCAUACAGAUCAAAUCUAUUUGGCUUAUUCACCCUAAAGGAACGGCCUAAAUGGUUAGAUAUAAAAACCGUCAAUGAGCUGAAAACCAAGCUUGGCCAUGUUAUAGUGAUGAUUCUUCUAAUUGGGCUUUUUGACAAGAGUAAGAAGGCAGUUAUACACUCUCCUUUUGAUUUGCUUUGCUUCUCUGCUUCUGUCCUCCUUUCCUCUGGUUCCCUGUUUCUGCUGUCUAAGCUCAAUGACUCAAACUGAUGGUUGCCAUAUAUGAUACUUUGAAAAUAUGUAAUGAAAUUUGUAUAUAUGAUAUACACCAGGUAAUGUAUAUGUUAAAAUAUGGUUUUGAGUGUAAGUUAAAAUCUGAACCUUGUAAUAUGAUAAAGUUGAAGUUUCAUCCUAUUAGAUUUGCCUUAGCUGUUAAGUUACAUUUGAAUUGGGCUACCUGAACCAAUUGUGUCAUAAGUGACUUUUUACCUUAUAGUUUUAGUGAUACUAUUGACCA